GGCCACCAUUAUGAUGGAAAUUGAGGGAAGAAGUGUGGAAGAAAGAACAGUCGGAAAGAAAGAAAAUGGCAGAAGAAAAAGAAGAGGUGUUACUGUUUCCGUUCAUGGCCCAAGGGCACAUUAUCCCUUUCCUUGCAUUGGCCCUGCACUUAGAGAAAAGACAGAAGUACCAUAUCACCAUUGUUAACACCUCACUCAACAUACGAAAGCUAAGAUCUUCUCUUCCACCAAACUCUUCAAUCACUCUUUCAGAAAUCCCUUUCAAUCCCUCCCAACACGGUCUCCCUCCUAACACAGAGAACACCGACGCCAUACCCUACAACCUCGUCAUUCGACUCAUCCAAGCCUCCACCACUCUCAAACCCGCCUUCACAAACCUCCUACGCUCCAUCCUCCUACAAAACAAAAACCGCAGGCUCCUAGUCAUCGCCGACAUCUUCUUCGGCUGGACCGCCGCCGUUUCCAAAGAACUGGGCGCCUUCCACGUCAUCUUCAGCGGCUGUGGCGGCUACGGCCUCGCCUGCUACUAUUCCCUCUGGCUUAACCUCCCCCACCGCCGCGUUGACCCAGCGCAAGAAUAUUUCACCUUGCCGGAUUUUCCCGAAGCGCUUGACAUUCACCGCACGCAGUUACCCAAUAACAUCGCAGAAGCCGACGGCUCUGACGCGUGGUCGUUGUUCCAACAACAGAAUCUCUCAGAGUGGGUCAAGUCGGACGGGGUUUUAUUCAACACGGUCCACGGGUUGGACUCGGUUGGGCUGGACUACUUCAAAAGAAAACUGAACCGGCCAGUAUGGGCAAUCGGACCGAUUAUUUCCGCGGGGUCCGGUUCGCGCGGGAAAGGUGGCGGGAUCAACCCGAAGCUCUGCACGGAAUGGCUCGAAGCGAAACCCUGCAAAUCGGUUCUGUUCGUUUGCUUCGGUUCCAUGAACACCAUCUCCGCGUCGCAGAUGAUGGAGUUAGGUAAAGCAUUGGAGCGGUGUGGAAAGAGUUUCAUCUGGGUUGUGAGACCACCAAUCGGAUUCGACAUAAAUUCGGAGUUCAGAGAAGAUGAAUGGUUACCCGAGGGUUUUGUCGAGAGGGUUCAGGAAUCGGGGAAGGGUUUGGUGGUUCGCGAUUGGGCGCCCCAGUUGGAGAUUUUGUCGCAUUCCGCGGUUUCGGUGUUUCUGAGUCACUGCGGGUGGAACUCGGUGCUGGAAUCGCUGAGUCAGGGGGUGCCUAUUCUGGGAUGGCCGAUGGCGGCGGAGCAGUUUUACAACUGCAAGUUGUUGGAGGAAGAUGUUGGGGUUUGCGUGGAGGUUGCCAGAGGGAAGAGCUGUGAAGUUAAGUGUGAUGAUAUUGCUGAGAAAAUUGCUUUGGUGAUAGAGGAGACAGAAAAAGGGAUUGCCAUGAGGAAGAAAGCUGGUUACGUUAGAGAUGUGAUUAAGGAUGCUGUCAAAGAUGAAGAUGGAUUUAAGGGUUCUUCUGUUAACGCCAUGGAUGAGUUCUUGUCUGCUGCUCUGUCCUGAAACAGAACAUUCUGAAACCGUAAUCCAUGCUGCAUUUUCUAAUUUAAUCAAAGCAAAAUUUUCAUGCCAACCAGUGUUGUCUGAGUUAAAUAAGAUAUAGUUUUAAAUUCA